GGCUCAAUGACAGUGCAUCCCUGUUAGAUGUCUCCCGUCAUUCUCUCGACAUGUGGAAUAAACUCAUGGAGGCGGGUGAUUUAUGGCUCAUGGAGGACGCCUCUCGUUCUGAAAGCAAUGUCGCAGCGGUCCAUUGAGGACGCCUCUCGUUCUGAAAGCGAGGAAAAUGCGAGAACAGACGACGAGGGCGGUGACAGUGAAUCAGAGACCAUAGGGGAUUCAAAAGAAGAAGAGGGUAGUGGCGCACAGCAGGAAAGUGACACUGUAAGCAGUGACGCGAACAAUGAUGAAGAAGAGAAAACUUCAUACUACAGUAAUGACGAGGACAGUCAGAAAUCACGGAGUAAUGGGAAGAGGUCAAAACGUGAAAGUGAAGGAUCACUUGGCCGAGGGGAAGGAGAAAAAAUUGAGAUGAACAAGCAGUUGGUGCGCAAGGAGUCAUCGUCACAAGAACGGAGCGACAUUGUCGAGGAACCGUCAAACAUACAGAGAAAGAGAGGACACCACGAGAAGAAAACUAGCGAGCAGAGAUACAGACAAACAAGUCAUGGAGACAACUAGGCAAUGAUCCGUGGGAUGCAGAACCAUUCAAGACAGCGAUAGAGAAAGUUUUUCAGAUGCGAAGGGAUGAUGAAGGGGUCGGGGUGACUUUGCAACAACUGGCAUUUGCAGAACUUGUUGUGCGGUCUGAAAUCGAACAGACUAAGAAGACAAGCAAAGCAUCAGAGCAGAUUCAUAAAUUAGCAUCAAUUAAGCAGGACAUUGUGGCGUCAGUGCGUAAUCGCGAUACCGUAAUGAACUUUUUAAUAUUCA